UACUGUUGUAUAUCCGGUGGCAGCCACAGUCGCUGCAGACCUUUGAACGAGAUAGGCAACCGUGUGAAAAAAAUAACACAUUUGAUUGGAAACAGUUUUUUCUUUCUUUAAUUUGGGUUGUUCACUCAGCGGUACUUGAGUCAACCCGCCUUGUAGAACAUCAACAUGUACCGGCCAGGUAAACCUACACGCGGACCGCCACCGUUCGGACCUCCACCUACCCAUGGCCCACCUUUCAGACACGGAGGGCCCUGCAAUGUUCCUCCCCCUGGACACAUGCCACCUGCACCUUGCGGGCCAUUUUCGAACCCAACACCACCGGAUAGCCAUUUUCUCCUCAACAGGCCACCAAGAGGACAUUUCGUCAAUAUGACAAGUAGUAGAGAGACUGGAGGAGAUGGAAGAGAUGGAGGAGGAGAGGCAGGAAGAGAGACAGAAGGAAAUGGAAGAGAGACAGGGGGAGAUAGAGGAGAGACAGGAGCCUCACAGCCCCACUGUAGCAGUUUCUCCAUAGACCGUAGUACAGUGAUUGCUUUGGGAGGCAGCCAGCAGAUCGUCCCUCCUGCACAACAACCACAUAUUCAGGUCCCACAGUGGAAUCCCACUCCUGUGGAACAUCAUCUUCCAGACAGCAGUGAACAAGCUGGUGAAGAAUUCCUGAGAUGCAUUGCAGCCAACAAGCCUCUCCCAGACUAUCUUAAAGGAAACAUGGCAUACAAUCUGGCUGAAGCUUUUAAGUCAGCUAAUGUCCUGAAAGAAGCAGUCAAAUUAGACCCUGAGUUCCAGAAGCAAGCGACCAGAAGCAAAAGCCGUAGUCGAAGCCGCGGCAAAUCUAGAGCCAGGAGCCAUGCCAGAAGCAAAAGCCGGGCACCCAGCAGAAGCAGAGGAAGGAGCAAAAGUCGUGCUCGUGGAAAGAGUCGAGCAAGAAGCAAAAGCAGGGCGAGGAGCAGGAGCAGGGCUCACAGUAGGAGUAGGAGUCGGAGCCGGGGCAAGAAGAAGAGUCAUGUUAGGAGCAAGAGCCGGGCCAGGAGGUCCAAGUCAAGAAGCAGCAGUGGUGAAAGGAGCCAUGGCACAGACAAAUGGAGAAAAAGGAGCCCCAGCCACAACAGCAGCAGUGUUAGCAGUAGUAAUAACCUCAUGGGGAAUAGUCUGUUAGAAGGACUGAAGCUGGUCAUGAACAGCAAAGAACUGGAGGAGCGGUUGCCCACACUCAAGGAUGCUAUCCUUACUAUUCAGGCCUCAGAUGAAAGCAAAAAAGUGGAGAGCAUAUCUGAUGAGCACAGACACCAGCAACAUGACUAUGAAGAGAAUUCAACAUCGUUGGAAAAUGACAUGCUCCUUCCUCAUGACAGAACAGGCAGUGACUUCUCUUGGCUUCAAGGACAAAGUCAGGAGGACUCUGCAGUCCUGAAAGCUGAGGAGCUUGAAGAUGAAGAGUCAUUCUUGUAUGGGAAUGAAGACACUGGAGGAAAACAAGCUAGUAAAACUUCCACAGCACUUUUUGCAACAUUUUCCCAGAUUGGAGAACACACCAAAUUACAGGAAACUGAUUGUUCUGGCAGUCAGCAUUAUCAGAGCAAGUCCAUAUUCAGUAGUGCUGGGGAUCCAUUUGACCUGAAGCAACCGUUUCAUAUGACUCCCACAAGCAUAGCUAAUCUGGACAGCAGUGAGUGUGAGAAGAUCAAGAACAUAUUAAAAAGUCUGGGCACAGCAGACAUCAGCGAGGUCAUGGUAAAGAUGCAGGGUCAAAAGGAGGGGAAGAAGCUGAGUCCUGCACUUCCUGCAUCAGACCGAGCAGCAGCAGGCUUAGCAUUACCAGCACUGAGUAACAUCAAUGUACGGCAAGCUCUGGAGUCUUUACAGUCACUGAUCAAAGCAACAAAGGAGAAACGGGAAAAAAGUGAUGGCAGUGGCACAUCUCAGACAUCCUCUGAUAAACCCAAGGCAGGUGAUGAUGAGGAAAGAAAGAAUGAGAAACAAUUCCGAGUAAAUAAAAUGGAAUCCUUGAUGAAAGAACUGGAAGGAUUGUUGAAACAGGAUGGAUUGAGUUUUCUGACACCAGUAAUUGGGUUUUACUGCCAGAAAUGUGAGGAGUUUAUUGGAGAUUUGAAUAGUGCUGAAAACCAUGCAGAUGUCCACCGCCAUAGUGGCUCCAGCAGUAAAGUGCAGACAGACAAGCAUGCUGGAGACAGCGAGGGAUACUCGCACCACUUUAGCAACAGCACUCCACACCCACGUCCCUCAGACAGGAGAGACCACAAGGACUAUGGUUAUGAUAGAGAUUCAGGAGACCACAGGAAUUACAGAGACUACCAACGAGACAAGAGGGACGAAAGACAUCACAGAAGCAAACAUCAUGAUGACUGCAGAAGCCACAGGGCUGGGCAGGAAAACAUCUCCCUGAAAGAGGAGAUGAGGAAGGAGAGGAUGCUCAUAACAGUGUCCCGUGGAGUGACACCACCUCCAAACAUCAAGGUUAAGGAGGAGGUGAGCAAGGAGCAGACUAUUGGAAAUCAUAGCAAAGUCAAAGUGGAAGACACAAACAGCAAGGGAAAGUCAUCCAAAGGCAAACGAGAAAAAGAUGGCAAAGGCAAAGAUGAAAGCAGUGAUAGUAGUGAUGAUGAUAAAGAAAAAAGGCCAAAAGAAAAAUCACCCAAAAAGAAAAAGAAGAAGAAGGAGAAAAAGAAGAAGAAGGAGAAGUCCUAGUUGUUGUAUUAAUGCUUUUCACUUUCCACAUCCAUAAUAGACUGACCCCUGCGAUGAUGCUGGCAGCUUGUUGCUGUCCAAGUUUCUAAACUUAAAGAUCCAGGUGUUAUCAUGACAGUCCUGGGAACGUUGUCCUUUAUUUCUCUCUCUCCCCAGUUAGUUGUUUUUUUUUUUUUUAUUGUUGUGAAUGUGUUGCUGUAUGGCAGGCCCUCACAUCCUGGAUUCUUGUUUUAUUUUGUAUACAGGUUCAUCUGUCUCAGUACCUUUGCUAUUGUUUGCAUAUUUUCAAAUGACCAACAGCAUUGUAGUUUUAGAAAUGAUGUGUGUAUUCUGCAGUUGAGUUCCAUUUUCUCACUUGUCUGCAUUUUUCAUCAGAAAUAUAAGUUGACAGAUGAGUCUGUCUCAUGUGGUGACUUUCUAUCAUAAUGAAUAGUAUGUGUACAAUAUCAUUUUGUCAUUAAAUGAUUAGAUGAAUGUUUUUUAUCUUUGCAGUGUGUUGGCCGUAAUAAAUGACCAAAACACAAUUCUUGACAUGUAGUGAUAGAAAGUAAUCUGCUGUUGAGAGUAAUGCUGAAAUUUCUAUACAACUAGGUUCAUUUAGUAUUAAAAUGUUUUCUCGGCUACGGUGUAGAGGCAAAUGUAAUGGUGCCUGUAUUGUAAUGAUGCACAGGUCAAGGCUUUUUAAAGCCGCACCAACCUAGCCUAUUACAAGAACCAGUCUCCCCUAACUGACCAAUAAACAUGUGUUAAUCAAUGACCCGAACUAAAACCGCAGACCUGCAAACCAGAGCUGAAAGUUUCUGGUAUUACCAACCUACUUGUUGUUGACUAUAUUGUAUGUAAUUUCCAGUAAAUAGCACAAUAUAAAACCCUUUUUUUUCUGUUUGAAAAGUAGCCUAGAAACGUAGUAAAACAGCAAGUACUCACCCAUCUUUUAAGUGGUUACGUCUUAGAAAUGAUAAUGCCUGCACAGUUUAUAUCCUAUGUGGUUCUUUUACAUGAGUGCACACCCGAUAGGUACAGUGGUUUGUUUACAUGAUGUUACAGAAGUGCAUUCAAUGUGGACAGAGAGGCGCUUGAUUGCUGUGAGGACACAGUGUUAGGUCUACAUAUUUCAGAAGGGAAUAUUUUUACCAGACUGUGCGUAUCUGUGUGUUCCAAUACAUGUGCUACCUAUAUAGUAUAUGCCAGAAGAAGACUUAGUAUGUUCCAAUACAUAGUAUGUCAAAUGCAGUAUGCCAAAAAUACCAGGAUGUUCUACUACAUUCAAUUGUAUUUGCAAAAUGCAGACCAGCAUGCUUUUCUGGCUAUUCUGCGCCACAGUCGUCUGCACAGUGGGCAAUACGUCACAUUGAUAGAGCUACAGACAGAUGGCUUACCAGUGCACAUUGAUGGUUGACAGCAUAUUCAUGUGACCAAAUGACCAGUCGAAUAGUAAUAAU